AAAUAAAAUAAAAUUUGAAGCAAUUUCUAUUGAAAAGUCAUUUUGACCCAAAAAAUAAUGUUUAAUUUAAAAAAUAUCAAAAUGAAACAUAUUUACUUAUUUUUAAUUUUGGAGGCUUUUUUUUUAAAGCACAAACAAUUUGGUGAAAUUGGCAAAAAAUUGUGAAACAUUUUGGUGUCAGCAAUGGUGCUGCAUUUUUUGAUGGAAAAAGAUUUUUCUGAAAAUUGUCACCUGCUUCAUUAAUGAUCAUUACAAACAGGGGAGUAUUUAGGGAAAUGGAAGCUGAAACUGAGUUUAAAAAAUGAGUAAAAUAAUGAAAAAACAAUUUCUUCUCAAGUGAAAAAUCAAAUCUAUGCUUUUCAAAUGUUUCUGGGUUUGUCAGUCAAAAGUUUUAUUAUUAAAUUAUUAUUAUUUCAACUGAAACUGGACUCGAGUCUUCUAGUUCCAGACCAGGUUGCGUUCAAAAUUAAGCACAACUGCACAAAAGUGCCUGAGACAACCAAACACUCCAAAUGGUAAAUGGGAAUAACUGUAUCAGUUUUUAGAGUAUAGACUUGAUCCUUCAAUAAUAGUACUUACUCACUAACUUCACACAGGGCCAUCCCGCAACUAAGGCCCUAAGGGGCUGCAGAAUUGAUACCCUAACACAUAAUAGAGAGUCUCACACUAAGUGGCCAAGGAAUUCUAAUGCCUUCAUCUCUCUUCUCCCACGCUUUCCUUAGCACAUGAAUUUUCUCCAGGCAUAAAUUAAAUUCAUAUUAUUACUAUCAGUCAGAGAUUAGCAGUAGGGACAAAGGACCCAAAUUAGAGAGUGAAACUGAUACCCAAAGUACCAGCCCUAAUUAUAAGCCUCCUGCCACACUCUGAUCCAUUGUUGUAAAGGGCUGACUCACAGUCCUUUAGUUCAUUCAGUGGCACAGGGACUUGAAAGUAAGGGUUUCAAAGAUCCAAUGCUCAUUGCAAUUUUUACUCUCAGUAAAAUCAGGGACAAGUUCUGUUCACAUUAAUACUGGUGUAAAUGUGAAGUAAGUGCAUCGACUGCAUAGGUGUGAUUGCAGAACUUUGCUCAAGGCUUAUAAUAGCUAUUAGGCAGAUACAGUGGUCCUUAGUGCAAUCAGGAGAGUUGGAUAUCUAGAUGAUUGGACUAGUAAGGGCUGCUAUCUUAGCCCUUCAGAUUAGUAUUAACUUGUUGCUUUAUUAAAUGUAAAAUGUAAAUGUAAAAAGGGUGGCUGACUUUGAGUCUUAUUUUUUAGGGAAUUCUACCAGUCAUUAUGGGACUGAGAAAGACCAAUAUGAAAGUCUUUUACUGUUCAAAAAAAAACUAAAUAAAUUCAUGGAGGAUAGGUUCAUCAAUGGCCAUUAGCCAGGAUGGGCAGGAAUGGUGUCCCUAGCCUCUUGUUUGCCAGAAGCUAGGAAUGAGCAACAGGGGAUGGAUCACUUGGUGAUUACUUGUUCUGUUAAUUCACCCUGGGGCACCUGGCAUUGGCCACUGUCGGAAGACAGGAUACUCGUCUAGAUGGACCUUUGGUCUGACCUAGUAUGGCCGUUCUUAUGUUCUUAAAUAAAACAGAAUUAAGGACAGCUGGUUUAAAAUUCUCUCUAUGUGCUUGAUUCAGAUUAGCAGUCUUGUCAAAUUUUCCUGUUUAUUCCAACCCAUCUAUUCCUCCUUUUAAGUAUCAGGGCUUAGUGUUGAUCCAAAACUAUCUCUAAAGACCACAUUUUGAAAUAUUGUAAUUGUAAACACAGUACAAAGUACAUUUGGCAACUCUGGAGACCUUGCCAAAAGUUAGUUUUAAUGACCAAUUAACAGGCUUUAAUAUUUUAUAAUACUAUGAUUAUGGAGAUGUAGUUUAUCAGAAAUGUUGUUUCAAUAUUAUAUUUUAUUACUGGAUAGUUAGGUAGGUUUAGCAUUGCGCAUUGAUGUUUACUUUCCAUUGUAUUUUAUAUGAAAUAUUACAUCAGUUACCCCAGAAGUCUGCGGCAAAUGCUUUCUCCUUGGAACUCUCAUGUAAACAAGCUGCAUAUCUGAUGAGAUUAGUGUGGUCUAGUUGAUUGGGCUAAGGGCUGAGCGCCAGAUCCUGCUGAGUUCUAAUCCUGGUUCUGUCACUGCCUUACUGUCUGGUCUUGCAUCUUUCCUUAUAAAAUGGGUUUAAUUGCUUACCUGCUAUACCAUACAGUGAUGUUGUAAUGAUUAAAUAGUCAUUGUUUACAAAGAACAUUGAUAACGUUAAGUGCUAAGUAUUAUUUUUAACAUAAUGAGCACAGUUGUAAAUGAAUAAAUAUAUGCAAUUUGCUAUCUGUAAUUUUGAAAUGUUGUAAUAAUAAAUGAACCUAUAUCUCUCUCAAUAAUAUGUUUCAUAUGCCAAAUAUGUGCUCCUAGAAAAGUGCUCAACACCUUUUCUUCUACCUUCAGCUGUAAAUGUACCAUUGUCUUCUCCUGGUCCCAUAUAUGGCUUGCUUUCUAAUUUUUGUUCGGUUAGAGCUGAACCAUAUAUAUGAUACUGAAUUUCUUAAACAUCACAUCAACAACAUGAAAACUGAUUUCCAUCCAGAUUUAAGUUUCAUCCACUGCUGAGCAAUGUUGGUAGAAAUGAAACCAGGCAUCUCUUUCAACAAUAUAUAUAUAUAUAUAAUACACUAUUAUUAUAGAGAUGUAUAUGUGUACAGCUGAGACCAAGCUGCUCCUUGAUUUCAAAAGCAAAAAUCUUUAUUACUUCAAUGGGAGCAGGAUUGAGCCCAUAGUAAAUAAAGUAAAAAGUAACUUCCCAUAAUAUAAAGUAUAAAUAAAUUAUCUGAAUAGCAGCUUGUAGUUAGCUGUAGAAGUGUUUAUGCAGCAUCUAGCACAAUGGUGGUUUGAAGGCCUUGGUUCUCGUGGAAAAUCAGGUGCUUGCAAUAGAAACUAAUAAAGUUUUUUUAAUGCCCUUGAAUAAAUUCACUACAUUCAGCCCUAUCAUAAGUAGGCACAAUUUCCACUGGGUAAGAAUUGGGCCCUUAACAUCAUUGCCUUCAGUCACUAAUGGAAUUGUAUCAAGAAAAGCAUCACAUUUGUUGGGUAAGAUCUGGACCUCAUAAAUUACUCAUGGUUCCUUUAUACUCUAGGAGUUGGCUUGUGGCUUGAAGCUCCAGUCUGAGCUGGCGAGGUGAUGACUGCGCACUGGCAGCAGCUCCUGGAGGCUUUGUGCCUGAGGCAGACAUAAUGCCUCUGGGAGCACUAGGGCGGGUACUGCAGAGACAGCUGCAACACCCUUUUACAGGGUACAGUGUGUUCCCUCUCCGUAUGCCAGCCCAGCUCUGCUAAUCACUGAAGGAAGGAUGAAGCCAUGACCCUAACUUUGCCUAUCCCUACUCCUUACUGGGUUUCUAGUGCCAAUGUCUGUGUUGCACUCCCUCACUCCAUGCAUGCUGGGAGCAAAGGGACUGAGAUUGUGCCUGGCUCCUGUGCAUAGCUGUAGGCAAGGGAAGGCUCCUUGUGUCUUCUCUUUCCCCUGUUGCCCACCCACUCAUCAGUAGGCACAAUCUAGCCCUGAAUGUUUUGUUAUGCUCUAGGACAGGGGAUCUUGAACAUCUUAGCAGAGAGAGAUUGUCCCCUGGACACUUCCCCUCUCACUUGUGUUUGAGAAGACCUCCUCUCCCACUGGCAAUCAAACAUCCCUAUAGCAACCACAACCAUUGCUUACAUGAAGGAUAAUAUCAGGAAAGUAUACAUGUCUUAUCAGUUUCUUUGAAUGAGAUUUAGGAGCUGGAGAGACAGCCCCAGGCAAGAAGCCAGCUACCUGCAGCCCAUCAAUACAUGCCCCAUGGGCCACAGUUUGUGCGCCUCUGCUCUAGGAUACCACAUUUAAGGAAUACUUCCAGCACACUGCAAUAGAAAACCUUCAGAACUUCACUCUUACUGACCGCUGUGCUAAAGCAGUAAGAUAAAUUAUAAAUCUAAUGGAGCAGUGGCAUCUCUGAAAAACAAUUAGUGUUUCACUUCACUGCUUUCAGCCUUAAUAUACAGGCAGAAAUAGGCCUUUUUUUUCAUUCUCAAAAAAGUAUUUCUGAUGAUAAAUGCUUAUUUUUAAUUUCCAGUAAUGGAGUGUAAACAGAUUUCUUAUUACCAGACAAUUUCAUGGUAUUUCCUUUCUACUUCCUUGAGACUUCUAACUUUAAAUGGAUGGGUUCAGUAAUAUUUUCCAGCAUUAAUUACUUGACUUAGUUCAAAGGAGUCUGAGCCAGAAUUAAAUACAAACAUUAACUGAUAAAUGUCAGCAUGGAUGUAAUGAUGUUUUUGCCAAGGCUUUUUAUAUACACUGUCUGAGUCAUAGUGCACACCGUACACAUUAUUCAGGGAAGAAAUUAAUUUGCACCAGUACUGUACAGAUAUGGCUAAGAUGGAGUUGACUAUGUUUACACAUGUGCAAGACACAUAUAAAUGUGGACAAAAUCCUUCCCUGUCUGUCCUCCCCAUAUUGAACGUACAAGUUAAACAUUAGAAACAGUAACCUGCUAUAUGCAUUAAUUUCAAUGCCAAUGAUCGACAAUCCAUACCUGACAACGGGAUGCCAAGAAGAAUCGAGGCUCCACUAAAGGAAUCUGGCAAAUCCUACAAUGGCUAAUGUGGUAGGUUUCAAUGGCAUUAGUUUAUCAAUUAAUAAAAUGUUAGUGAUAAUGAAGACAACAUAGUUAUGCCCAGCAUUAAUCAUUCGCUCAAACAUUCCAAAUGCAGACAGGUGGGACAUACCUCAGUCGUCACUGGGAUUCCAAACUGCUAGACUCUGUUGAUGAAGAAGGAACUGCAUGAAUGAAACUCAAGGCACAAGUAUCAGCUUGUGAGAUACAGGCUGCUAACUCAACUCAAUAAAAUUAAACAGGAACAGAGUAAUCAGCCAGGCAUGAUAUUCAGACCCAGAACAAAAAUACUUCUGUUCAUUGGGAUUGGCAGGCUCAGGGGUUUCUUAAACAGGGGAGAGAGCCUUCCAGCUUUCACUUAGCAGCUCAAACCUGGCCUCGGUCAGUUGUGGGCAAAAGUCAUUGCCACCUGAAGGCAGUUCGAUGGUCUAUGCGAACUGAGUUGGUGGUCUUAAUCUGGUUCCUAGUGAACAAACAUCCAUCACAGCUGCCAUUCUGUUCUGACACAGAGGCCCGGGCUUGACCUAACUCUAUGCCGUUUCUGGUUUGUGAAGCAAGCACAUUAUUCUACAGAGUUCUUGAUCUAAUACCUUUCAGCAGCAAAAAAUACUCUUCAAAUAAUGUUAAAGAAACACCAUUCAGAGAGCCGGCGGCUGUGAAGGAGAACACACAGCUACGGCCGCAGUACAUGAACAGACACACCGCGAUGAUUAGCUCAGUCAGACCAGGCAACGUUUUUCAUCUCUUCCCAUCAUUUCUUGCCAGGAGUGAGCUUCCCAUUGGUAUUUGAUAGACAUACUGAACCAUGAAGUAUUGCUUGGAAACUCUUUUCUUACCAUUUUUGUUCCUAAGAGCUUCAGGAAGCUAAACAGAAAUGACUGACAUAUGAUCAUUUAAAUACAGAGAUGAAAACAGGAGUAUCAGUUACAGAAAAUCUACAGUGAAAUCAGUAACCUGGACAAAGAAAGUAACCAGCAGAGUACAAGUAACCAGGACAAACAAAGGAAACCAGUAGAGUAUAAAUGACAGUAACAUCGGUUGUUUAGUUGUUUGUGGAACAAAUCUGACAUAAUUAAAAAAAGGGGGAGCCAAACUGAACAGGCUUGGUAAUUUUUUGCCAUGUUUCAUAUUGGUAAAUGUUCCCAUCACCAGAAAAGCCUACACUUUACUGAGUCAGUUGCCUCAGGAAUUUUGCAAUUAGGCUGAUACCAAUCAGUAAACAACACAGAGAAGGAUCAGCUUUUAUUGCUGGAUCCAAAUAAAGCAAUGGAGUAGGUUCCAGUCCUGCAGUUUAUAAUGCAGGACAAAACUGCUGUGCCUGCUGUAGAGCCCAAUUUCUUUCUGUGGGGCUCCACGUAGGCUCAACAUUGUAAAUCACAGGGACGGGUUUCAAUUUGCAGAGGCAAGCCUAGGAUCAAACUGUUUUGUCUCACUUGUUUUCAGAAAAGCUGAACAAUAGGUACAAAACCCACCAUUCAGUUUAAAAGUACCAAUCGUCCUAUUACAUCGUCAGCAUAGGUCUUUUGAUUACUCCUCAUCGCAGAUAAUCUUUGGGGCAUCAGAUCACACCAGUCAAUAUCUGAUUCUGCAAAGAGUUGAAAUUAAUUUGAUGCGCAAAUGGCGGCUCUGGUGUAACUAGUGAUUUCUAUUGAGUUACAUCUGGGAUGAAUUUGGCCCCAUAUGUCUGGUAUGCAGCCCAUAGCUAUAUAUAUAAUUCUUUUGGCAUCACACCAAAGCUAUCGAAGAGAGACUCAUAGAGAUGAUUCCUAUAACUUCAAGCUAGCUAGAAUAUGCAUCUGUUAUACUGAUGCACUCCAGAGAGAAAUAUCACAUUAUUGGCAUAGUAAUAGGAGAUGGAUAUAAUCCUGGAAUCUCUUCAAGUUGUGUGCAGAUGUCUAGCACCUCUUCCCUAGUGGAAGGGGCUCAAUAUCCCCUCGCAGCAGAGGAAGAAGUUACCCCCCAGAGGGCAAAGAAGUUGCCUACAGUUCCUAAAUUCCCUGUAACACAUGCAUAGUUUACAUUGCUGGUUGUAUUUAGGACUUCCGUAAAAUAAGAUAAGGAGUUGUAAAGUAUAUACUGCCUGGAAAGCAUCUAUCUUUCAACAGCCAUCAUUACAAACAUGGACUGCAAUACUCCAUUUCCUUGAAAAUACUAUGAGAACUGCUGUACCUUUACCAGUUUUAACAUGUCACUUGCAGCAAUGUCUACUCAAGCUAGCAAAAUAAAGGUUAAUGGAACCGUAUUAGCUAAGAUCAACAUCAAAAAUUAUCAGAGAUAUGGGGAGGUUGGAGCUUCUAUAUAAGGACUGUCAAGGACCUAGUCCCUCUGCAGCAUCCUUGGGGCUGUGACAGGGUUAUGCACUCACUCAGGCACUGGUCAUCCAGCUUGGGGCCAUCAGAAUCACUGAUGCAGGGAUGGAAACUCAGCACCGCUGCUGAGCUCCUCUGGAGAUUGCCCCUCCCAGGAUUCCAAGGAAACAAAAGAAAGAUAUAAAAAAGAACAACUGACCAGUCCUAAAUGAGUCAUCGGCCCCUCUUGCUUCAGGGGGCCUUGGGUAAGCCUCAUUCUGGGUCAGUAUCCUGUGGUUAACCACCAGAAAGUGUCUUCAGGAGGUUGCUUAUAGUCCUGCCUGCCUUAGGGUGCCCAGACAGUCUGUAGGCAAGGGAGAUGAUUCAGGCCUCUUGCCACAGGAGCUGAUGGGACUAGAAGUCAAUCUUCCUCCCCGAGCUACCUCCUAUUGAGCUGGGUGUCUUCCCUUUUGAACUCAUCCUCCCAUCCUGACAGACCUAACAUACCCACAACAACUCCUUAACCCAUUCCUGUCUGGGUAGGCUUUGUACACCCCACCACAAGGCCAUAUUAGGAAGGUUAGGAUGAUUUGAUUUGGAAGGAAGGACAAGAUCCUGUUGCCUUUGGUCAAUGGGACCUAGCAGGCCAUGAAAGAACAUGAGGAGAUAUUUAAAAACAAACAAACAGAAUUUAAACUAGAUAAGAGGAACGUUCAUUAUUUGGUCUGCCACCAGAUGACAUUCAGACUAAUAGUUUAGCAAGAAUUUUUUUUUAGACUUAGAUGCUUAUGAAUAAAGAUAGCAUCCAUCAUGGUUACAGGGCUAUUUGCACCGUUGAUCUCUCUGAGUGCAUCCCGCCCCUUGUGCUCUUACCUUUUCUGGAGUGGAAACCAAUGAUUCUCCCACUCUUAAACCACGUCCUGGGCUCAGCAGCAUGUGAUUCAACUGUGCUCACCCAGCAGACCUAACUGGGUUCGCCAUCUGUAGUUCUUCCCUCUGUGGUUCUUCAUGGUGAACACAGUGACCCCAAACAGCCUUCCUGAAGCCCCGUAUUGUUUAAUCUUAAGAGUAGGAACACAGCAUAGCAUCAGAGGGAAAGAAUUUUAAAACAAUAAACAUACUGCACCCAUAUCUGUCUUACCUAAAGGCUUGCCCUCUCUCUGGAAGCUUGGGAUGGCCUGAACACUUCCAGUGUGCCAGCAGGGUCUGUUUCUGAGCAAGUUUGUUUCCCCCUGAACAGCUCCCCGAGAAAUGCCCCCGCCCCCAGUCUUUUUUUAACUGUUUACAGCCUGUUUGAUUUAUGGGCCUCCAGUGAGACAAAACAAGUCUGGUAUCUCAGCCUGGCAACCUCACAACUUAAUAGUUUAAGCAUUGUUUCUUAAUGAGACCCAAUUUGCUAUUAGGAGAUUGCUCACCUGCAGCCAUAGUGUUGGCUUCCUGCUGGCUUCUUCACAGCACUACUAUUAAACUAAACCAAUAUAUGCCUACAAUAAACAUUGCAAUAACCCAGGAUAGCCGUACAGUAACUAUCCCACUAACACGGUCACGUACAAUAUUCACAAAUUAUUACAGAGCAGUGUCAUCUCCUUCACAACAUCUACAAUUGCAGUUGCUAAAAGAAACAUAACAAGGAUUUUCAAUUUUCAUGAUCCAGGGCUUAAACUGACCCUCAACUGGGAUGAGGAAGAAAUAAAUCUUCCCACCUCCACCUACAGUGUCCUACUAAACAACUGGAAAAGUGCAUUAUGGAUUUUUUAUUUUAUUUGCUCUAGGGGCUAGUAUCAGCCACUCUCAGAGACCAGACACUGGCCCAGACAACACUCCACUGUGAGUCUGUUAGUAUGGGGAAAGCCCUGCAAAUCUGCGGAUAUCCACUUUAUAUCCGAUUUAUAUCCGCAGACUGUGUUUGCAGAUCGGAUGUGGAAACAACUUUUGUAUCUGCUCAGGCCUCUAAGUAUGGGAAGUCCGAAGAGCCUAAAAUUUAAAAAGUAACAGCAGGGAAGGGAAGCCAAAUGUAUCACAAUAACACACCAGAGAAAGGUAUGAAGCGAUCAUACCUUCAGGAAAGUACCUAAGCACCCACUUAAGUCCAUCACUAUUCAGCAAAACACUUAGCAUGUGCUUAACUUUAAACACAUGCUUAAAUCCCAUUGACCUUGACUUAAAGAUAAGCACAUGCUUAAGUCCUUCGCUGAACAGGGAUGUUUUCUGGAAUUGCGGCCAAAACCCUGCAUUCGUUAAAGUAAACUCAAACAGCCCCCACAGGCUUCAGCAAGAGAAGGAUUAGCUGGUAGGACCACAGCCAUCAGGAUUACGUAUCAGGCAAUACUUUUAAAGGAAGCUCAUUUUAUCUCUGUGCUAGAGCAUGAGGUACUAUCCUUAUUCCUGUUUACAUGUUUGCAAAGGGACCCCAUAUUAGUCAAACUUCAGAAGUUUAUCUUGAAGUUUACUCAGUGCUCCUCCCCACUUUCAACCCUUUCAUCUAUGCACAUCCAUACUCAAACUCCUCCAGCAGGACGCUGGAAGCAGGUAUCUCGCAGAUAGUAGCCACGCCAUCACACUUAGGACCCAAUCCUGAACUCCUUAUUCAGGCAACAUUUUCAUGGACUUCAGUGGGUGUUCUGCCUGAAGAAGGAGUUCAGGAUCAGAGCUAAGGAAAAGACAUGCCUAAAGAACAAAGAAGAUGAAUAGCGUGGCACUCUCGGGGAGAGCUGCAGAAGUUUUACAGCUCAAAAUCUCACUCAGAAUGUAUCGGACACUGUUACAUAUGUACGGCAUGAAUAUGUCUUAGGGGUGGGCAGGAUUAGGGAUUGUCGGGUUUUUUGUGAUUUAAGGAAAGGCCCUUACCUCCAAAAUGUUUUUUAAAACGUCAUUAAAACACGCAUUUUAAAUGUCUUUGCUCUGUCGGCAAACACACACUGUUACCUCCUCUCAACUCCACCACGUCUGGGCUCCUCCCACCCCUCCACUGGGACAAAGUUGAGAAUACUUUUCUUCUACUUCAGCUUGGAACGGUCUAGGGCCUGCCCCUUCCCCAGUUACAGUUUUGCCACUGGUGUCCUUGGGAGCAAGAGCAGGCCCUUAGUCAGAAGCGGUGCAGAACUUUGGCCUGAGCUUUUUUUUCAUAAAUGGAAGUGCAAGUAAAAGCAAGAGCAGUGCCACUCCCUGUCCUGGGAUAGGCUGCUGCUGCUGUGUCAAAAUGGGCUUUAUUUCCUCCUCAGAGCACCACCCUGCCAUAACUCUGCACAGUGCUGUGCCUGCAUUGGGGCAGGGCUUUCUUUUUUUUUUUUUUUUCCAUUUCAGGUGCAUUGGUGGCAAUGCUCAGCUCACACCAGGCAGCAGGAGAAGGCAGUGACCGGAGCUUAGCUGCCAACAUUGUGAAGAUAUUUCCAAGGGCAACUCUCUAAAUAAGCUCAGGUCCUGGAGCUGCUUGAGUGCAGUAUGUGCCCUAGUCUUAAAGUGGUCUGAAAAGAAAGGGGCGGGGAGGGGGUAUUGUAAUCUGAGACCAGUGACUUUGGCAAAGCAGUGCUUAAAGAGUGCCCCUCGAUGACCUAGCUUGUUUUAAAAAAAAAUUUCCAGGGCUGUGACCCUUUGCAAAUCUGCCCCGUACACACACAUUUUAAGCACUGGUGUGUGCACGGUAGCUUCCAAGUCCCAGCCUCUCUUAGAUGGAAACCCAUGUCUCUCUCCCUCAUGCCUGGGGUUUCAACGCUGCUCAGCUCCCUCCCUGCCUUACACUGCAAUAUCCCCAGCAAGCCAAUCUGCUAAAGGCCAGGGCCUGUGCUUUACUUUUUCUCUCCAAGGGCUAUGAACAGUGUAUUGUCAGUAGCUGCAAGUUACAACACAGCUCUUUCUAAGCAGGCAGAUUUAUUCUUAAGGUAAAUACAUUACAGAGAAAACAUAAAAACAAGAUAAGUUCCUAUAAACACACUAAAAAUUUUGCAGAGGUCAACCAUCAGUCUUAUGGGACCUAGCAGGGCAAAAUCUUUCCAACCCUUCUGCAAGGCCCUUGGACAGAAGAUCCAGUCUGUUUGCAAGGUCAGGAAAAAGCCCCGAGUCAAUUUAAGUGAAGCUUUUUAUGCCAAAAGCCUUUCUGCAUCUGUUGGUUUCUGAAAACCAAGUUUGAAACAGUAUAUGCAAGCUUCCCCAGAGGGGUGGGACCUCUCUGCCAGUGUUCACAACCUCAGUGAUUCACCUGGAGCCCACUAUUUCUGGGGCCUGGAGUUGUGGUAACCCCUCCCCCCAACCACCCUGAAAUUGCAUACACUCUCUAGCCCACAGUGAGAUAUAAACUUGAUACAAUAUGGACCCCAAAGACAUUACCUCUGUCACACACACAUAUUAAUUAACACAGCGGACAGGACAGACAAGGAUAACAUUUGGUGGCUGGUCCUGAUCCACCAUCAGGCUAACAGCCAGGUGACACAAUAUUAAGCCCCCACAUGUCCUGGUCUCUGUUGAGCACUAAGGCACAUUUACUAUUGUCUUCGUUAAAUCGUGUUCUAACACCCUGUAGUUUGUCACUGUAGACAAGUCCACAGGGAGCACGUGUCAGAGAUGCUGAAGAUCCACUCCUUUAGCUGAAGUCAAGCUACUGGCUCUCAGCACCACUGAUCACCCUGCCCUACUGCUCAACUGGAAACACCAACUCAUCUUGAUACCAAGAUCAGUCUCCCUUUGAUGCUAAUUUACCAUGUUCUCUCUGGGUCCUGUGCUUGAAUUUGAGUUCUCGCCCUUGACAGCCUUGCUGUCUAUUUGCUCUUUUGGCACCAGCAGACUCUUGUGCCUAUUACAAUUGACUGUUACAGAAAUGUCUGUGAUCUGACAUGUUCCUGGCAAAGUGAAUUGAUUUCUGCCUGCAGAGGCUCUGUUAUUCCAGGUUAUUGCCUAUGUGAAACCCCCUCGGAUGGACCUGGACUGGGAAACCUGAGGGAUGGCAGAGGAAUAGUUGCCUAGACCAUAUGCUUCUCUUGUGGUCUAGAAAGACGCCGUGACCCUGGUAUUUAUUUUCCCCCCAAAGAAGACACCAGCCUGGCUGGCCUGUGCAGGAACACAGCCAGUAAAUCACGGCCUCCAAACUCCCUAAUGGAAGGGGAGCUGCAUUAAGCCCAUUAACAUCAGCUAAAUGGUUACCAUCAAUUUUUAAUCAGAAAUAAGACCAGAAAUAUGGUAAGUGAAUCCCAGCAGCAAGUAAAUUUAAAUAACGGUCACGGGGAAAUCCAAUCACUUAAGCCAAGAAACCUAGGAAGCAGGCGCUGUCUGUUUGACAGAGGAACGGGACGACAGACAGAUUAAUAAAGAUUAAAGCGCUGCAAAGUGAACAUGCAAACCGACCCGCUCCCUUAACCCUUCCUGCCCCUGCAGCGGCUGGCGGGACUCCGCGGCGCACCAUGCCCGCUCUGCUCCCGGGCAGCGGGGCGCGCACACCGCUCCGGCACCCACAGCAGCAGCAGCCCGGGCUGGGCCCCGGGGAGAGGUCCACGGCGCCAGGGCUGGUGGGCUCCGUGGCCAGCUGCGGCCCGGCGCCGGCGAUGGGAGGCGGCCGGUGGCCCCCCAAGUGAGCGAGCGAGCCGGGGGCUCCUGCGGGGCAGGGGUGAGAGCCGGGGGCGGGGAGGAUGUGGCAGUGUCUCUCCGAGGGGCUGCUGGUGCUGGGGGCUGCUCUGCUCUGGCAGCCCUGCCAGGGCACCUGGAGCUGCGGGGAGCUGACCUGCGGCGAGCGGGAGAGCUGCUGUGACUACGGCAAUGCCACCCACACGGAGAUCAAGUGCUGCAAGCUGCCCUUCCACACCUUCCUGGACAACGUGGGCUGGUUCGUGCGGAAGCUCUCGGGGCUGCUCAUCCUGCUGGUGCUCUUCGCCAUCGGCUACUUUCUGCAGCGCAUCAUCUGCCCCAGCCCCCGCCGGUACCACCGGCCGCAGCGCCAGGACUCCCCCGCCUCCCUGCUCAACGCGACGGCGGCCACCUCGCAGGACUCCCUGCUGGACAGCGGCAGCGGCAGCCGCUACCCGGGCGAGCCGGAGCCGCCGCCGCUGCGGAUGGGCUCCCCGCUCUUCCUGCAGCUGCCCAGCUACGAAGAGGUGAAGUAUUUACCCACCUACGAGGAGUCCAUGCGGCUGCAGCGCCAGAGCCCCAAGGAGAUCGUCCUGCCCGUGUCCAGCCUGGCCACGGCCGCGAGCGGGGAGCCGGAGAGGGCGGGAGGCAGAGGCCCCCGCAGCUGAGCCCCCCACCCAGAGAGCUGCGGGUCCCCGCGGGGGAACAGAGGGAGUCCAAGGUGCCCAGAGGGGAGGGACUAGCCCAGUGCUGCUCCGAGGCGCGGACACCCACUGCAGCAUCGCCACAAGGACUUCCCGUCUCUUCUGCAAGCAGCCGCUUUGCACCUUUCCUUUCCCCUGACAAACCGGACGGCGCGGCUGCUGCUGGGCGCGGGGCAGGAGCGGAGACUUUGCCCCACCACCGCCUGAACUUCUUACAGGGGCUCGGUUCGCUCAAGGAAGCCAGGUGCAGCAGCCGCGGCCCCCUCUGCCCCACCCUAGCCUUCCUGUCCUUUAUUCGUAACUGCUAUAUCGUAAGUGCCUGGUUACGAGAGCAUCCGUCCCGUUUACUGGGGUUAGGCGUUAAAUUAGACACACCUGACACUCUAAACAUCGGGUUUGGUUUCUCACACGAAUAACGUGUUCGUUGCUCCCUUCCUCGGGCAGAUUAAAACCCGAAAGGGAUCAAAUGUGAUUUACUCUGCGACACACUGGGUGUUUGUGCUCCAGGGCUGGGGGGCCAAGGGAGAGGGGAGCUUUUUAACACGUUGGGUCAGCUUUGUAAAUCCUGCAAGAUCCCAGUCACUCUGCCCCCGGGAGAGAGUAGCCGUGGAGCUAGAGGGUAAAAACACGGAGCAUGGAGAAAUGUUAUUUCUGUUCAGAAGCUUGGGAUGACUGUACAGUGUAUAAGUACUAGAAUAAAGCAGCCCUCUGACAGGGCAUCCCACCUAGAAAGACAUGAUCCCUGCCUGGUGCCUGUUCCAUGUCAUUAUAAUUAUAAACCUUACUCAGCAGUGAAAACUAAGUCCAUUUUGUUACUGUACGGGUCUGUAUCUGCAAGGAAAAGCUCAAUAUUGUAAUCAGAACACCCUAUCCCUGAUAAGGUGCACUUCCACUCCAACCCCAUGAAAGGUAAUUACUUUCUCCAUUUUUCCUUUUAUUUGUAGAGUUUAUAAUUAAGCAAUAAUUCCAAUGGAAAGCGCACUUCCUGUUAGUUAAGGAUUUACUGGGCCUCACCUACUGCUGCUGGUCACUUCUUUCUUGCAUUUGUCAACAAAAAAUUAAGUUGAGCAAAUCUCCUUCCCUUUAAUACAGGAAAGGGAUUGUGUGUGUGCUGGAUCUCAGUUUUCACAGUUCUUCUUUCUGUUUGAUCCUUUGGGAAGGACAAAAUAGGCUUAUAGCAAAAUGAAAGAGAACAUAAUCAAAUAAGAUGGAAUGUAAGAAAGUGAAAACAAAGUUUCUAACAUCACAUGUGUUUUGAUAACAUGUCAAUUUCACCUGUUGAGGAAAAUACUGGGUUCUGGCUGUAGCACUAGAUCCGAACCUUUCCAGCAUCAAUAUGCAUCUGCUGGACUGGGCCAUUCAUUCUUUAUCCUGCAGCAGUCACACAGAGUCACACACACGCUGUGUAAUUGAAAAAUGCCCUUCAGAACAUCUUACAAAAUAGCUCAUCUCUAUAUGUUAUCCACAAACUCUUUUUUUGGCCUCAUUAAGACCUUGGGCCCGAUCCUGCUCUCAUUUAGGUCAGUGGUAAAAGUCCUUUGGGCUCCAAUUAGAGCUGGAUUAGACUUCUGUGUGGACUUGUGGCUCAGUCCCUAGCUAAUGAUGUAGUCAUCAUAUUAAAAAAAAAAAAAAGGAAAGAAAAGAAAACCAAAGCCCCAUGUACAUAGAGUAUAAAUUAUAUCCUUCUGUGGAGCAUCUUUCAAAUGAGCAGGGAGAUGAUGUAUUGAGAUCUAUACCAGAUGUAAUGUUAUUUAUGACAUUUAUCCCCAUGAGCAGAGAAAGGAGGAAUAACUCCAUAAAUGAAGCAUCCCCUCAUGAGUGAAGAUAAAUUCCAUGAAAGGUUAGGCACUGUAUAACACAUUUUUCUGCCAUUGGUUUCAAGACAAAUUGCUUUAGAAAAAAGUUGUGAAGCAAAAUAAGUUGAAAUAUGCUGGAAAAGAAUACUCUGAAAAAACUGCUCAGCUUUUAUGAACUCAUGAGUUAUGUCAUCAACAGAAUAACAGUGUAUAAAACAAAGGAACAGCAGCAAUGGAACGAUCUCCAUCAUAUAUAUGUAUAUUAUCCACAUAAAUGUGAAUAUAUGUAUUGUAUAUACUGUACAUAUAUUAAUGAGGGAAGCUGUGUGGCCUAGCACAUAGAGAAAUUCAGGAAUUCUGGUAUCUAUUCCUGGCCCUGCCCACUGGCCAUCUGGGUGACCUUGGGCAAGUCACUAUGUCUUUCCAUGCCUCGGUUUCCCCAUCUGUAAAAUGAGGAUAAUGAUACUGGCCUCUUUUGUAAAGCGUUCUCACAACUAUUGAUGAAAAGUGCUCUUUAAGAAGCAGGUAUUAUUAUUAAUGUCUGGAAAGAAGCUUCUGUCACUUCCGAACAGGAAACUGCUACCCGUAAUUCUCUCACAGGAUCAGGUGCUUGCAGAGUCAGCUCUACAAAGAUGCAGAACUAGCUGUCCAGAAACUUGCCAUAUGUUGCCUUAUUUUACAUUUUAACUGAGCACAAAUGCAAGAAAGGCUUUCUGGAUAGGAUAGGAACCUAUUUUGAAUACUUAUAUUUCAAAUUGCAUUUCUCUUUCAAAUGUUCACUAAAAAGAGCUUUUAAUAAUUUCUUCACUCCUGUUUGACAAUGCUAAGCAAAGGAAGAUGUCCCAAAAUACUGUAAUUAACAAUAAGAUCAUGAUACCCAUGUUUAAAGCCCAGUCCUGUUCCCAUUGACGUCAACAGAAGUGGGAUCAGACCCUUUUGCCAUAAUAUGGCGAUAGAGAAGAUCCUGAAAAGAAGAUUGCAAAGAAUGUAAAAUCAAUCCUAUUCAUGCUGGUCAAUGGCAGGGAUCUUACUGACUUCAACAGAAGCACGGUCAGUUUCCUAGUAAGAAUUUUAAAGGGCUGUGGUACAGUUAGGAUUCGUCCUUUAUAAGUUAAAGUGCCUUUGUUAGUAGUUUCUCUUUACAGUUAUGAGAAACCCAAAGGAGGAAAAUAUUGGUCAUGAUUACCAUUUACAAAGCUGGUUUUGUAAACCCCUCUCACAUCAAGUUACUUGUGUGGUGUGAAUAGGAAUACCUGUCUGUGGAAGGAAUGCAGCAUUGUUUAGUCAUCCAUUUAUUAAAAAAUGCAAAAUCUGGAAAAAUUCAUCCCUGUUUUCCAUCUUGAAGGGGAAUCCUUAGAGAAUUUUCAUUGUAUCUUAUGAGAAAUAAUCCAGGGGUAGUUUUCAAAAGGAGAAAAUAUUCAGAGGAUUAAAAUAUUAAUGAAAAAUGCUAAAUUCUAGUAUAAUCUUUAAGUUUUAGUGAAAAAUUAAAGAAAGCACAGUGUUUCAGAUGAAAGAUUAACCCCUAUUUGCACUAUGUUUUUUUCAAGGGGAGGAGAACACUGUGCAAAGGUUAGGCAGAAGGAAUAAUAGAAGCCCCCUCUGGAGCAGGCAUCCCAACCCAAAACCUUAAAGUGUGAUACUUUUGUUAUCACUGAAGCAAAAUUCCCAUUGAUUACAAAAUGUUUAACUAUUUGGGGCACAGUCAAUAUUUCUUUUGCAUUCUCAAGGAAUACCAUUUUUCAAAGAGGGUAGCCAUAUUAGAUUAAUUUGGUAUAGUUUAAUGGAAGUCAGUGAGAGUUGUCUUGAAUAAAUCCUACAGUGCAGCCUGAUCCCUGUGUGUGUAGGAAAGAAACUACUAAGGACACAAUUCUGAUCCCAUUAAAGUCAGCAGCCAAACUCCCAUUCUUUUCAGUGGAAACAGAACUGAUCCUGUACUCUAGAGAGGCACAGUUAGGGUAUGUACUCAUGUAUAUUUGAUCUGCAGUUCAGAUUCCCAUCCAAAAGCUUUUGCUAUUUCAGUCCAACUUGGUUAAUGCACCAAACUUAAAAGACAUUCAGUUAGAAGCGCCUGUCAGGAAUAUAUAACUGUGUUUUUAGAAAAUUAUAAGGAUGGACUCAUUUGAAAAAUCAGAAUUUUAAAUCUCAACACAAAAUGUUACAUGAUGUAAAAACAGGUCCUGAUAAUUUUUUAAAGACAAAUAUGUCUCCCACCCCAUCCUCUUUUUAUGCAGCUAAAUUUAUUAAGUCCCACUAUGCAGGUACUAAAAAUCGACUAAUGCAACUUUUUGUCCUCAAUUUCUAAAAUAUGUCUUAGUUUAAAUGGAGAUGCAUUUUUUGCUUUCAGGUUUUUGUUUUUGUUUG